AUGUUUCUCUUGGUGUUGGCGCCUCCCACCUCUGACCUGCGUCUAGCCCCUCCCCACCAUCCAAUGCUUUCCAGCGUCACCCAGCCGAUGGAGCCCCUCAUCUCCGGCAAUCUCACCUCGCCUGCCCUUGCCAGCAACAUUAGGUCCGGUGAAAUCAUCGGUUUUGGCAAUUUUCUUUCCAUCAUUGGUACUACCGGAAAGCUUAGUUGGCAGGAGGAUUUGCUUACUUUGGCUAAUGCAGAUACAACAGUCUCUGCAGCAUCAAUGGAAGAUGAUGUUUUGGCUAAUUUGAUCAGAGGCUUCACAUCCCCUUCUACAAUAUAA